CAGCUGUGAUGUCAAACAAUUAGGGGUGUCAAGGAUCUGAGCUCCACGUUUUCCCCAUAGCAGACAGAGCUGCCCGUGAGGCUGAACGCAUCUGACUCAUCCGGACGAGACAAGGUUCUUUAACGAUGAUGGAGCAAGCUUCUUACUAUUACAGCAAUAUCACUGGUCUAAACAAUGACUCCUUGUAUGACGACGACGAGUACUACAGGGAUGAUCACGAUCACAGCAGCAAAGACGAGCACUCUGAGCUGAGGCAGUCCCUCACCAUAAUGUCCCUCAUCGUCUACUCGCUGGCCUUUGUCUUGGGCGUGCUUGGGAAUGGAGUGGUUAUCUGGGUGACUGGCUUCAAGAUGAAAAAAACGGUCAACACGAUUUGGUUCCUCAACUUGGCCAUUGCUGACUUCCUCUUCACGGCCUUCUUACCGCUCAGUGUGACAUAUACAGCUAUGGACUUCCACUGGCCAUUUGGCAAGUUCAUGUGCAAGCUAAACACCACCAUCAGCUUCCUGAACAUGUUUGCCAGCGUCUACAUUCUGGUGGUGAUCAGCGUCGACAGAUGCGUGUCCGUUGUCUGGCCUGUCUGGGCGCAGAAUCACAGGAAUUUGCGUAAGGCUUCAUGCAUCAGUCUGUGCGUUUGGGCAUUGGCUUUGAUCCUCAGCGCUCCGUACUUUGUCUUCAGGGAUACCGGCCCGUCGUACGAGAAUGAGAACAUCAUCAACUGCUUCAACAAUUUUGCUAUGUCUGAGGACAGUGAAAACCAAUCUGUCCUCAAGCUGCAACUUUUCCGCCACAAGGCCAUGGUGAUCACUCGCUUCCUCCUGGGCUUCGUCAUCCCCUUCAGUGUCAUCGUCUCCUGCUAUGCCGUCAUAAUCCACCGCCUUAGGCGAAACCGUACGCUGGCCAACCAGUCCAGCCGCUCUUUCAAGAUAAUUGCCGCCAUUAUUGUCACAUUUUUCCUUUGCUGGGCUCCCUUUCACGUCAUGGGUCUGUUGGAGAUGGUAAGCAACAUGGGAAAUCACUCAAAUGAGAUGUUGCUCCACAUCAUCAUAAUCGGAGUCCCGAUCGCCACAAGCCUGGCCUUUCUCAACAGCUGCCUGAACCCACUGCUGUACGUGUUCAUGGGCCAGGACUUUAAGGAUAAAGUUCGCAAAUCCAUCCUGAAGGUCCUGGAGAAUGCCUUCCAGGAGGAGGUGUCCCGCUCUUACACCUACACAAACUCAAUGAUCACCAUUCGAAGCAAAGACAAAUCACUCUCUGACGCCGAGGUGUGAGACUGUCAUGGACACUUUAGCUGUACAAUGUAAAUGCUACUGUAAAUAUAAAAUCAUUUUUAUCUACUAACCAUGUAUUCUACUGUGCUUUGAAUGCUUAGUUUUGCCUCAAGAUAUAAUCGACAAUCACUUUUUAGUUUUGGUUUUGAGCUACAAAACAUGAAUUCCAACUACAUUGGCCAAAUAAUGCAACCUUCUGCCAAGUCAAAGAGAAACUGGGUUGCAGCAAGUUAUUUCACCAGCUUCCUUUUCUAUUUUAACUUGGAAACCAGAAACUUUGAACUUGACACAUGAUACCGUCCAAGGUGGUCAUCUGUGGGUUUUCACCACCUGUGAACUAGAACAAAGUGUGCAGUUUCAUUAUGUCUUUAUCACAUCUUGGGUCAACAACAAAUAGUUUCAUCUGACAGCUGCUGUCCUUCAUUUUUGUCACCUGACAUUAAUACCUUCUUAGGCACUGAUUGCUGUCUGCUGCAUGCUUCAAUAAAUAUUUCAUUGCCUUUUCUAUCAAGCAUGAAAGAAAUGUGACAUUGAUAAAUGAUGCUUAAAAUUCCAGCUGCAUUAUAAUUAUAUUUGCCCCAAUUUCUAUGCAUUUUAUCCUAACGACUAUAAACUACUAACUGAAGGUGGAGGAGCUGGAAAAGGCAUAAAAAUCCUCUGGAUUUUAUUCAACUUAGAAAAUGUGCCUCUUUUUCCCCUAUAUUGAUGAUUAUGUGAUUAUGAUUAUGCUACGGUAUGUAAUAUGUUAAACAUCAAGUUUGACUUGUAUUUCAACAUAGUCAUUUUUAUACUUUUUUCCGCACUUGUUUUAGUUGUACUGAUAGCCUGAUAUGAGUGGUGAUGAUUCAGCACGUACAGUGGAAAAAUUAUUAUUUUUAAGUUGUAACUAAAACCGAUCUGCAUAUCUGUUAAUGACGUAACACAAUUUAUCAUGAGGCAGCUUAUCGCACAUCAAACGUCAAUGCUUUUAAACGCCACUAGAGGGUGCUGUUUUAUUUUAUUUUAUUUUUUAAAUCAGCAAGUCAUCGAAGGAGUCUAUGGGCGACCUUUUCUCAUUCAAACAUUAAAACCAGCAGUUAUUGACAUUUUGUCUGUCACAAAUAAAAGAAGACACCUCAAUUUGUAUGUUGUAGCUGUUCUAAAUGUAGGCUAACAAGACAUUGCUAGUUAUUUUUGAAUGUGUGACAUUACAAACAGUGCAAGUCUAAAAAAUUGUUUCCAAGUUCUUCUAUAUUAUUCCUGCUUCUUAGAAUAUGUUGUUUAUUUUUACAAUAAACCAAUAUUGUUGUACAAAUUUUCUAUUUUUAAAUGGCUUACAUUUUAUCUUUUUUCUUUCUUUCUGAAAGUCAGCUAAAAACUAUUAUUGCUUUAUAGAAGUGGAAUCUAAGAUAACUUAACAAUAAGUCAGUCAAUCAAACACUAAUAAAAUCAAUCUUUAGGGAAUUUUAAUGUGAUUUUAUAGCUAGUCGUUCCAUUGUCUAUAUCCUCUUGUCUGUGCAGAGUACCAGACCGGUGCCUGUCUCCAGCAGGCAUUGGGCGAGAGGUGUGAUACACCCUGGACAUUUUGACAGUUCAUCACAGAGCAACCAUGCACACACAAAUUAACAACAACCUAAUAGUCAUGGUUUAACUGUGGAAGGAAGCUGGAGUCGGAGACAACUCACACAUUCACAGGGAAAAGGUAAAACAUGUCCAAGGAUAUUUCUGCUGGAAGGCAUCAUUGCUACCCUUAAACAAGCAAAAAA